AUGAAAUCCCCAAGGAGAACCACUUUGUGCCUCAUUUUUAUUGUGAUUUAUUCUUCCAAACUUGUGCUGAACUUAGAGUCUAUAGUUUAUCCUUUGAGUCUCCAUGAAUAUGAUCCAGCUAAUGAAGAGCUACUAAGGCACAAACGAGUCGUUGCCACUAGCAGUCCUACAGCCGAAGAGUACACGGUGGAUAUUGAGAUCAGUUUGGAAAAUGCAUCCUUCUUGGAGCCUAUCAAAACCUACCUGAACAGCCUCAGCUUUCCAAUCCCAGGGAACAGCAGUGUCCCAGCUGCUGACAUUUUAAGCAUGGAGGUGACAACAGUCUGCAGACCUGCUGGAAAUGAAGUUUGGUGCUCCUGUGAGAAAGGAUAUGUGUGGCCACAGGAAAGGUGCCUCCAUCAUCUCACCUGCCAAAAACACAGCGGUUCUGCCCCAGGACACCACUGCAGUUGCCUCAAAGAACUGCCUCCAAAUGGACCUUUUUGCCAGUUCCAGGGAGAUGUUAUCCUGAGAAUGUCAGUUAGGCUAAAUGUGGCCUUUCAAGAAGAUCUCAGGAACACGUCCUCUGCCCUCUACCGAUCCUACAAGACUGACUUGGAAACAGCUUUCUGGAAGGGUUACAGAAUUUUACCAGGCUUCAAAAUGGUAACUGUAACAGGAUUCAGGCCUGGAAGCGUGGUUGUAAAGUAUGAAGUCACAACAACAGCAGUAUCACCUGAAUUAAUACACAAAGCCAACGAGCAAGUCCUGCAGAACCUCAGUCAGACCUACAAAAUGGAUUACAAUUCCUUUCAAACAGUCACGAGCAAUGAAACUAAGUUCUUUGUUACACCAGAAAUCAUCUUUGAAGGGGACACAGUAAGACUGACAUGUGAAACUGAGGUUAUGUCUUCCAACGUGUCUUGGCACCAUGUAGAAAGGCGCUUCGACAUUCAAAACAGCAGUAGAUUCUCAGUGUAUACCACCGUGCUCAACAACAUGACCUCCGUAUCUCACCUCACCAUUUACAACAUCUCAAGGGGUGAUGCUGGUGAAUAUGUCUGCAAAUUGAUAUUGGAUAUUUUUGAAUAUGAGGCCAGGAAAAAAAUAGAUGUUGUACCUAUUCGAAUUUUGGCAAGUGAGGAAAUGAAGGUGAUGUGUGACAACAAUCCUGUGUCGUUGAAUUGCUGCAGUGAGAAUAAUGCUAAUUGGAGCACAGUAGAAUGGAAGCAGGAAGGAAAAAUAAGCAUUCCAGGAGAGUCUGAAACAGACCUGGAGUCUAGUUGCAGCAGAUACACCCUCAAGGCUGAUGGAACACAAUGCCUGAGUGGGUACGCUGGAACAACAAUCACCUACACAUGUGAGUUCGUUAGUGCACAUGGAGCCAGAGGCAGUAUGAACAUAGAAGUGACAUUCAUCUCUGUGGCCAACAUAACAAUAACCCCGGACCCAAUUUCUGUUUCUGAGGGACAAAACUUUUCUAUAAAAUGCAUCAGUGAUGUGAGUAACUAUGAUGAGGUAUACUGGAACACUUCUGCUGGAAUUAAAAUAUAUCAAAGGUUUUAUACCACGAGAAGGUUCCCCGAUGGAGCAGUAUCAGAACUGACAGUCAAGACGUCCACCAGGGAGUGGAAUGGAACCUAUCACUGCAUAUUUAGAUAUAAGAAUUCAUACAGCAUUGCAACCAAGGAUGUCACUGUUUACCCACUGCCUCUACAGCCAAACAUCAUGUUGGAUCCUCUGGAAGCCAGUGUUUCAUGCGGAAGUUCCCACAGUGCCAGGUGCUGUGUAGAGGACGAUGAAGAUUACAUAGUCACUUUCCACAUGGGUCCCUUAUCCUUUCCUGCUGCAAAAGAAAUCAAUGGAAAGCAAGUGUGCUACAAACACGAUUUGAUGGCAAACUCAAUUUCGCGUUGUCCAGAGAGUAUCAAUAUGUUUUGUCGCUUUACUAAUGCUGCUAAUAAUUCAGUCCAGAGCCAAGCUAUCAAGCUGAAUGUGGUCCCAGGAAAGAACAUCACGUGCCAAGAUCCCAUCAUAGGUGCUGGAGAACCUGGGAAAGUUAUCCAGAAACUGUGUCGGUUCACCAGUGUUUCCAACAGACCUGGCAAUCUCGGCGGGGUCAUCACUUACGAAUGUGUAGGCUCCAAGUGGAAGAUGAACAGGAACGAGUGCAUCUCUGCCCCUAUAAACAGUCUACUAUCGUUGGCCAAGGCCUUGAUCAAGAGCCCUUCCCAAGAUGAAAAGCUCCCCACAUACCUGAAAGAUCUUUCAACCAGCACAGUCAAAGCGAAACAUGAAAUCAGCUCAUUUCCUGGGAGCCUGGGAGCCAUUAUUAAUAUUUUAGAUUUGCUCUCAACAGUUCCCAUUCAAGUGAAUUCAGAAAUGAUGAUGCAUGUGCUUGCCACCGUUAACGUCAUCCUCAGCAGGAAUGUCUUGAGCACCUGGAAGGUUUUACAAGAGCAACAGAGCCACCAAAGUUCACAGCUCCUGCAUUCUGUGGAAAGAUUUUCCCAAGCCCUACGGUCUAGGGAUAGCACCUCUUUGUCCCUGUCCCAUCCUAAUGUGCAGAUGAGGAGCAUGGUGGUAAAAUCUGGCCACCCCAAGCCCUAUCAACAGAGAUUUGUUUUCCCAGAGUCUGACCUCUGGGGCAAUGUGGUCAUUGACAAGUGCCAGCUGGAAAAUAUGCAGCCUGACUCAUCUAUUGUCACUGUGGCUUUUCCAACUCUCAAAACCAUCCUUGCUCAGGAUGGUCAGAGAGAUGAUUUUGCAAAUAGUUUGGUGAUGACAACUACCGUCAGCCACAAUAUAGCCACACCAUUCAGGAUUUCCAUGAUUUUUAAGAUCAACAAUCCUGCAGUGGGGAACCCGCAGUGUGUCUUCUGGAAUUUCAGUCUUGCCAACAACACAGGAGGGUGGGACAGCAGUGGAUGCUAUGUCAAAGAAGUGGACAGGGACAGUGUCUUCUGCACCUGUGACCACCUGACAUCAUUCUCCAUCCUCAUGUCCCCAGACUUGCCAGACUCUGACUCCCUCUUGAAGAUACUGCUGGAUAUAAUUUCCUACAUUGGAUUGGGAUUCUCCAUCUUGAGCCUAGCGGCCUGUCUGGUGGUGGAGGCAAUGGUGUGGAAAUCAGUCACCAAGAACCGGACUUCCUACAUGCGCCAUAUCUGCAUAGUAAACAUUGCUGCCUCCCUUCUGGUUGCUGACACCUGGUUCAUUGUAGCCACUGCCAUCCAUGACUAUUACUACCCACUCAACAAGACAGCCUGUGUGGCUGCAACUUUCUUCAUCCACUUCUUCUACCUCAGUGUCUUCUUCUGGAUGCUGGCGCUGGGCCUCAUGCUCUUCUAUCGCCUGGUUUUCAUCCUGCAUGAUGCAAGCAAGUCCAUUCAGAAAGCCAUUGCCUUCUCUCUUGGCUAUGGCUGUCCCCUUGUCAUCUCAGUCAUCACAGUGGGGGCCACCCAGCCACAGGAAGUCUACACGAGGAAGAAUGCCUGUUGGCUCAACUGGGAUGACACCAAGGCCCUGCUUGCCUUCGUCAUCCCAGCCCUGAUCAUCGUGGUGGUCAAUGUGACCAUCACAGCGGUGGUCAUCACCAAGAUUCUAAGACCUUCCAUUGGAGACAAGCCAAGCAAACAAGAAAAGAGCAGUCUAUUUCAGAUCAGCAAGAGCAUUGGGGUCCUCACACCACUCUUGGGACUCACGUGGGGUUUUGGUCUUGCUACUGUGUUCCAAGGGAGCAAUGCUGUGUUCCAUAUCAUAUUUACUCUCCUCAAUGCCUUCCAGGGAUUAUUCAUUUUGCUGUUUGGAUGCCUCUGGGAUCAGAAGGUUCAGGAAGCUUUGCUGAAUAAGUUUUCAUUGUCAAGAUGGUCUUCUCAACACUCAAAGACAACAUCUCUAGGUUCAUCCACACCUGUAUUUUCUAUGAGCUCUCCAAUAUCAAGAAGAUUUAACAAUUUAUUUGGUAAAACAGGAACGUAUGAUGUCUCCACCCCAGAAACAACCAGCUCAUCUGUGGAAAACUCGUCCAGUGCUUAUUCUUUGCUCAACUAAGAAGAGCAAAAUCCAACCCAUGUGACCUCUUCAAAGAUGGAUGUGUCUCUGAGAACCAGGCCUUCCUGGAGUCAUGGUAAAGUGUUCUCUCGCAGGCCUCUGGGAGCAAACCCUGAAGACUUUCUUGCUAAAGAAGACACUUCCUUUUGUAAAGACAAACUAAAAGUCACUGGUAUUCUCCUUUCUGCUCCCUCUUCCUGCCCCUGGUAUAACCAAAUGUGUAUAGUAUUUAAGAAAACUCAAGUCUCUCAUGUCCAACUUCCUGUCUAUAUUGUAAAAUAACAUUUUAAAGAGACAUUUUCACUUUUCACAUGUGGAACACAAAGAUAAGCUUUUAUUAAAAUAAUAAGUAAAGAAGUAGAGGCUAGGAAAUAAUUCUAGUGAAUUCUAGGAAGGGAGAGAAAGGUAGAGGAAGAGGAGAGAAGGAGCAGGGAAAAAAGGAAAAAGAAACAGAAAAAAUAACAAAGGAAAGCAACAUUAAAGAUCACAUGUUAUGAUCUAACAUAAGCUCUCAGAUACCAAACCAUUAAGAAUUUUUCAGUUGACUCAAAAAUGGAAACCAGGAGUAAGUCAUUGAGAAUGGGUUUAAUGUCAUCCUAAUAUUUUCUUAGCCAAGAAUGGGGGGAAAAGGAGGAGGAAAUUACAUUAUCAGGAUGUUUUCAUGUGGAUAAUAAUAUUUCCAAGAAUUGCAAGUGGAAGGAGACUUGAUUCCCCUGAUGCUAUACAGGUGCAUCUGUUCCUGUGCACAUCCAGGCUUGGGCUAAGUUCACUGAGUGUGCAGAGGAAGUUAAUAACAAUUCCUGAUCAGAACAAAGCAGGUUCAACUGUGAUUAGCUGUUUUACAUUUUAUCAGAAAAGCUUUAUGUUUUAUUUUGCUCCACAUUUUGAAAGCAAAAUAUAUAUAUAUUUUUAUACCCAUUAAUUGCCAACUUUGAUAUAUUGCAGUGAAAACAGAUGCCAACUGUUUCAUAUGUAACAGCUUUAACCAGGUACUUCUCUGAGCAUUAUAGAAUAGAUUUUAAUCAUCUUAAAGCACUGUAUAUUGUUGUUGUUGUCACUUAUUAUUGUUGCUGUGUAUAUAACAGCCCCUAGUGUGUGUACAGCUCACUCUGUAUUAUUUCUUUCAGUGUUUAGAUUCUGAGACAAAUAUCCAUUAUGCAUGCUUUAUAGUCUAAUUUAUCUUUCAGUCACUUGGAAAGCUUCCAGAAGGAAUUUAUAGCUGAUUGCUCCGUAUUCCUAGUGAUACUUUAUCUUGAAGUAUAAGUGGCAGAGAUUUUCUGAAAAAUUUGAUUGUGAAUUAUAUGCAUGGAUGUUUUGAUUGUGUGUGUGUACUUCAUACAAAAUGCAAAUAUUUAUUAUAAUGCAACCCAUAGCAGAGUUCACCAUGUGCUGUAGACAUGGCAACCAUGCUCUCUUAAUCAAACUUUGAUCCAAAAAGGAGAAUGAGACAGAAUCAAGCUGACCCUUUGGAAUGAGUGGGCUUUGUGGUCUGUGUAAGGACUGAGAAACAAAAAUGGUCCACCACUAGGAAGGCAGGGACACAGGGUAUGAGAGCUAGUGCCUUGUUUAUUGAGGUCCAGAAGUUUCCUUUGUAAUAUUUCAGUCCCUUAAAACUUCUCUUCCUUUCAUUAUAAGAUUUUAUUCGACUGCCACUGCACCUUCCUUAUGGAGAAUGCGAGGCACGGGAAGCAGAGGUCUGAACAGUGCUUUGCAUCGAGCUUCUGAUUUCUGCAUGUGCAAGUGACAUUGAUGCUAGCCUGAGAAUUGACACAUCCCUUUCUCUGAACGAGUCAUUAUGUAAAGUUACUGGAGGAAGUGAUUGUUAGGAUGCCUGUGUAGAGCAAAUUCUCAAGGUAAAUACCAAACUUAUCAGAGCUCAGUACUGAGUUAGGGCAUCAACCGAAUUAAAACUAAAGACUCGAGGAAGAGUGGCUGUGACAUAAUUCCUAGGAUUAUAUUGAGGAGGUUUGAUGCAAGGUCAUAACAACACAAGGGCAUGUGGGCGACCUUGACAUGAUCAACUAAGGAGAGUCUGCUGGCUGGGACAAGGCUAAGGUCGUCAUGUUCAAAAAAUGCAAGACAACAAGAAACAAUGACCUUCCACCCACUUCAGCAAGCAUCCCUAGGGAGUCAUUGUGUUGGAGGUUGUAAAGGGAAUCUGGAUAAUGGCAGGAACCGUCAGUUGAGUUUCAUAGAAAUGCAAGGCUGGCCGCGUGCCCAUGUUCAUUAAUUGAGGCACGUUCCAUUACUACCCCUUCUCCCCUCCCCCAACACACACACACACACACACACACACACACACACACACACACACAUUCAGGAGUGUGUGUGUUUUCCCCACUUGCAAACCUCAGCACACAAGUGGAUCCAAAUUUUAGUUCAUGUUUCUUUUUGUAAAAAAACAAAACAAAAAAAAAUGGGGGAAAGCAUCUUCUGGCUGUCAGCCCAUUGCCCACCACUACUCUUUGCCUAAGUAGAAUUCUAAACUGUAGAAGAAAGUAGUUGAGAGGUCUGUAUAUGAUGGAAAACAGGAGACCCAUGUGGUUCUGAGAUCGCCAGUUUUGAGCAGCCAGUCUCAGAGGGCAGGAGACACAUGGGCUCAGACAUGACCCUGGCGUAAACCUAGUGGAUAGUGGUCUACUUGGCUGGGAAGUUUUUAAGCUUCCAUGUUGUUGACCUCUAAGAUUGUCAUGGCUAUGACUUUUUCUCAUUCAGCUAUCUUUCAGAGAUUGGGAGGUUGGGCACUCACAGAUGAGCAAUUAAUAGAAAGAGCAGGAGUGUUUUCAAGGAACAACACAGCAAAGUAGCACAUUGUGUCAUGAAUAAGCCAUGUGUCUGCCGUCUCCUGCCUUGUCUUAUUGUUUAGAUAAGAAAAGAGAUCAAUAGAUGCUCGUGAAUUAUUCAGGGUGUAGCUUGUAAAGACCAGAAAUGUAGAAACACUAAGGGGAGCCACAGCCUUCUUGUGGUUUGGGUAGAACAUUUCAGAGUGGUAUAUAUUGGAAGACUUCAGGAAUGUAAGUGACAUGAAGAUGAGGUGAGUAGGGCAAAGUCAUGUAAGAAUGCACAGAAAACAUUUCAGUCCUGGAAAUGCUGCUUAAAUGGAAUGAAUUUUAUUUGUAUCAUGGGAUUGUAAAGUACAAGGGGGCCUCUGUUCUGCAAAGAUAAAGCUGGUCACCCAUACUAGCAGAAAUCUGAUUCUUCUAACAUCAAAAAUAAAAGAGGAGCUUCUUGCGGGCAUAACUGCCUUAUGCAUUUUUAAAAGGUAACAGGAAUAGCGUCCUAUCCUUUCAAGGAAGAUGCCAGCUUUGAAACUGGAUGCUUUGCAUUUUGAUAAUUAAGACUUGCGAUCUCUUAAAUCAUGUCGUAGAAUAUACCAGCAUGCAAUUAUAUUUCGUUUCCAUGCUUGUAAAAAUAAAAU